CACUGUUUUGAUAAGAACCACAAGAACUCAUCUAGUCCCAGAGCAGCUUCUCCGCUCCUCAGUCAUCACUCCUACUUUCUCUGCUUGACUCUCAGAGGGAUAAAGAUGAAUGGCUCAGUGGACAACAAUUACGACCAUGCUCCUCAUGAAGGGUCCUUCAUGUUUACCUCCGAAUCCGUGGGAGAGGGACAUCCUGAUAAAAUAUGUGACCAGAUCAGCGAUGCUGUGCUGGACGCUCAUCUGAAGCAAGACCCUGAUGCUAAAGUAGCUUGUGAGACCGUGUGUAAGACGGGCAUGGUGCUGCUCUGUGGUGAGAUCACAUCACGAGCACGUGUAGACUACCAGAAGGAGGUCAGAGACAUCAUCAAACAUAUCGGCUACGACAGCUCAGAUAAAGGCUUUGACUAUAAGACCUGUAACGUACUGGUGGCCCUAGAGCAGCAGUCUCCUGACAUUGCACAGGGAGUUCACAUCGACCGUGUGGAAAGCGACAUCGGAGCUGGAGACCAGGGUCUGAUGUUUGGAUACGCCACAGAUGAGACUGAGGAGUGCAUGCCCCUCACGAUAGUCCUCGCCCAUAAACUCAACGCUAAGAUGGCCGAACUGAGACGAAACGGGACUGUGCCCUGGCUCCGCCCAGACUCCAAGACACAGGUGACGGUUCAUUACACCCAGGAAAAUGGUGCUGUGAUUCCCAAGAGAGUCCACACGGUGGUGAUCUCAGUGCAGCACAAUGACAAUGUGAGCCUGGAAGAACAGAAGAAGGUCCUGAAGGAGAAGGUCAUCAAAGCUGUGGUCCCUGCAAAGUAUCUGGAUGAGAACACCAUCUAUCACCUGCAGCCCAGCGGACGGUUUGUGAUUGGUGGGCCACAGGGGGAUGCCGGAGUGACAGGCAGGAAAAUCAUUGUUGACACAUAUGGCGGCUGGGGGGCCCAUGGAGGCGGGGCUUUCUCUGGUAAGGACUACACAAAGGUGGAUCGCUCGGCGGCCUAUGCUGCCCGCUGGGUAGCCAAGUCUCUGGUGAAGGCCAAACUGUGCAGGAGGGUGCUGGUGCAGGUGGCCUAUGCAAUUGGAGUGGCCCACCCUCUGUCCAUCUCCCUGUUCACCUACGGCUCCUCUCAGAUGAGUGAGAAGGAGCUGCUGCAGAUCGUUAAUAAAAACUUCGAUCUCAGACCCGGCGUCAUUGUCAGAGACUUGGACCUAAAGAGACCAAUCUACCAGAAGACGGCCUGUUAUGGACACUUUGGCAGGAAGGAGUUUCCCUGGGAAAUACCAAAGAACCUAAACUUUUAGUGUGUGUGUGUGUGUGUGUGUGUGUGUGUGUGUAAGCACAGUGUGGAUGAUUUAUCGAUGCAAACACAGCUGUUCUUGUGCUCCUGUAAUCCAGUAAGACUGUAGCUGCCAGUGGUCAUGUGAGGGGCUGGAGGGAGGGAUGGCUCAGGGUGGGUAUCUGGUCACUGUACUGGUCUGUAGUGGUUGAGUUGGGGUUUCAUAACCUGACACGCCAGAUGGUUUCUUUACAUAAAACUCAGCUGUUUUGAAACGUAAAGGGUUUCCUAACCCUGCAUGCCAACCAGUAACAGCUGCAGUACAAGACAUGACAAGAUUUUAAACUCCAACUGGCUUUUCUCUCCAAAAGAAAAAUAAUAUAUGACCAAAUCUAAAUAGAGCAAAACAUCAUGUGUAUGUUCACAAAUCACUAUCAUGUCUUAAGAAUAUUUUACACCUUUGACUUUUACCAGUGGUGUACUGAUUAAAUUAUACAAAUCAGAACCUGAAUUUUAAAAUUAAAGAUGUUCUAUCUUUGGUACACAGUCUCAUGUAUUGAUAAAAAAAAAAUACAUGAGCUGGUUUAGGUUCUGCAGACCCUGCAGCACCAUUGUUACACCAAUGCAUGCUGGCAGAGCGCAGAGUUUGUGUAAUCUCCACUCCAUUUAAACAACACAUCAGCCCACCAACCCACUAGUAGCUCCUGCUCAAAUCGUAACAUGAAAGCCCUAAAAGAGGCGUAAAUGCUCACCUUUAUUCCUGGCAUAAAGGGGCAAACGAGUACAUGUCUGAUUGAAACUGAUUAUUAGACAUCAUUGUGUCAUCAAACCUGACUGAAUUUUACAAGAAAAAAAUGGAAAUUGUUAAAAAAAAAA